UCCUCGAUCCCGUCCCGUUAUAACGUUUUCUUUUUCCACUGUCUCACUGGAUUCUAGGGUUUCUCUUCUUAACUUAUUGACCAGGAGCGGACCUCUUCCGGGCCAUCUCCUCCCGCUCCUUCUUUCAUUUCUUUGAAUUAUCCCUCUCUUUAACUCAAUUUUUGCUCUUCUCACCUCUAAUUCCCAUGCUGUACGCUUCAAAUUCUUUUGCCUUGCGCAGAAAUCUUUUUUCCAGAUUCUUUGAUACCUGCCCUAAAGCCCUCAAUACUUCAAAUUCUCAGCAAUUCUCUCCUGUCGGCUAAUCUCACCCUCAAUGCAGCUUCUUAACUCUGAAGAAACGGUCGCCGACUCCUCGGAAAGCAGCCUUGUGGAGGCAAGAAAUUUGAAAUCGUCUAAGCUGGCUUCGUUUGACGAUGAUAUUAGUAACGAUGAUGAUGAUUCGGUUCUUGAUGUCUCCGGGAGAUACUUGGACUCCCCUUUCUUGGAAGGCUCCAACAGCUCAGUGAAGGGUCUCUACAUAUUCCGGAAUGCGUUCAAUUUGAUUCCCAAAUCAGUUGGCGACUUCAGAGAAUUGAGGAUGCUGAAGUUCUUCGGGAAUGAGAUUAACUUGUUUCCACCAGAGUUGAAGAACUUCGUGGGGUUGGAAUGCUUGCAGGUGAAAUUAUCAUCACCGGCUUUUGGUGGUCUGUCAUUACACAAAUUGAAGGGUCUGAAGGAGCUCGAGCUAUCUAAGAUGCCUCCUAAACCUUCCUCGUUUCCAAUUCUCAGUGAGAUUGUUGGCCUUAAGUGCUUGACGAAGCUCUCUGUUUGUCACUUUUCUAUUAGAUUUCUACCUCCUGAAAUUGGCUGCCUGGAUAGUUUGGAAUAUCUAGAUCUCUCAUUUAAUAAGAUGAAGAGGCUUCCAGCAGAAAUAGGCUAUUUGAGUGCCUUGAUAUCAUUGAGAGUUGCCAAUAACAAAUUGGUGGAACUACCUCCAGCUCUGUCCUCUCUGCAAAAGUUGGAGAACUUGGACCUAUCAAGUAAUAGGUUAACAUCAUUGGGGUCUCUUGAACUUGUAUCUAUGCAUAGCCUUAAAAGCUUAAAUUUACAGUACAAUAAGUUUCUAAGAAGCUGUCAGAUACCCUCCUGGAUAUGCUGCAAUUUUGAAGGAAAUUGUGAAGAUGAUAGAGCUAAUGAAGACUGGAUUAGUUCUACAGUUGAAAUGGAUGUUUAUGAAGCCACCACUCAAGACAGUGAUGGUAAAUUCUCCCAUAAAGGUACUCGUAAUCUUUCGUCGAACCUAUUAAUGGGAUCUUCAACAAAUAGUAGAUCUUUUGCAUCUCGAAGAUCAGGUAAGCGAUGGCGGAGAAGGCAUUAUUUACAACAGAAAGCUCGCCAAGAGCGUUUGAACAGCAGCAGGAAGUGGAGAGGAGUAGAUCAUCAUACUGAAGUGAAGAUCCAUGAAAACCACGAACUGGGGAGGCUAGAUUCUUCUCCUACUUCUGAAACUAGAGUUGAAAGUUCAUCAGUUAUUGAGGAGUUAUACGAUAGUAAAGAAAUAUGUUCUGGAGAAGCUGAAAGGGAAAAUCUUAUCAAGAGCUGCGAGAACGAAAAUUUUGAUCCCAAAAAGGAAUAUUCUGAGGAUUGCUCAAGUAUCUGUGAUGCUGCUUCAGAAAUAAUGACAAGUGGCAAAAAUGAAUGUUGUGAGCCUAGCGAGUCUUUGUCCUCAGCAGGAAAUGGAGCACAUGAGCAGGAAGGGUCAUCUCCCCAAUUAUCAAAGGAUAUGGCUAAGUUGAAAAGAUAUUCUGAGAGGGAACUUGACAAUCCUAAACCUUGCAAGUCAAGAAAGCCAGCUGAAGAUAGCUCAAGUUUAUCUUGCAAGUACAAUAGUAUUUCAUUUUGCAGCAUUGAGGAUCAUCUACCUGAUGGAUUUUAUGAUGCAGGGCGUGAUCGUCCCUUCAUGCCAUUAAGGAAUUAUGAGCAAAAUUUCCAUCUUGAUUCACGUGAAGUCAUUCUUCUCAACAGGGAACACGAUGAAGUAUUAGACUCUAUAGCAAUAUCUGCUAAGUCAUUGAUGCUCCGUCUAAAGCAGAUUAACCACAUAACCCACGAUAGACAUCAAGUUCUUGAUGAUGUGCAUAUUGCACAAUUACUUGCUUUAUUUGUAUCUGAUCAUUUUGGAGGCAGUGAUAGAAGUGCGAUGGUUGAGAAAACACGGAAAGCUGUCUCUGGCUCAAAGUACCAGAAGCCUUUUGUCUGCACCUGCUCAACUGGAGAUCGGGAUAAUGUUGCUGUUUCCACCAAAUUAAUGGUGGAUAAUUAUGAGGAUAUUCUAUUUACUGAUAUCUGUGAGAGGUCUCUUCGUGCUAUUAAAGCCAGUCGAAAUUCCAUCGUAGUUCCUUUAGGAGCUCUGCAGUUUGGUGUGUGCAGACAUAGAGCGGUGCUUCUUAAGUAUUUGUGCGAUCGCAUGGAGCCUCCACUGCCUUGCGAGCUUGUGAGAGGCUACCUGGAUUUCAUGCCUCAUGCCUGGAAUGUGAUCUUAGUGAAAAGAGGUAAUUCUUUGGUUCGAAUGGUUGUUGAUGCAUGUCGUCCCAAUGAUAUACGAGACGAAGCAGACCCCGAGUAUUUUUGCAGGUACAUCCCUCUCAGUCGUGCUGAACUUCCUAUUUCUUUUGGAAGUCCGGGGUUUACUUUUCCUUCUCUUUCCGAUUGUGAUGAGAUUGAGAAGUCACCUUCUAGUUCUGUUAUGAAGUGCAAAGUCGGAUCAGUUGAGGCUGCAGCAAAGUCACGGACGCUUGAAGUUUGUGAAUCUUCAUUUGAUGAGAUAAGGAACUUUGAGUACAGUUGCUUAGGUGAAGUUAGAAUUCUGGGUGCUUUGAAACACUCCUGCAUAGUACAGAUGUACGGACAUCAGAUAUCCUCUGAAUGGGUUCCUUCUGAGAAUGGAAAACCAAACCAUCGGUUACUUCGUUCUGCAAUUUUUUUAGAGCAUGUAAAGGGAGGAUCUUUGAAGAGCUACAUGGACAAGUUGUACAAAGCUGGGAAAAAGCACAUUCCAAUGGAUCUGGCAUUGCAUGUAGCUCGAGAUGUUGCAAGUGCUUUGGUAGAGCUGCAUUCAAAACACAUCAUUCAUCGUGACAUCAAAAGUGAAAAUAUUUUGAUAGAUUUUGACGAAAAAUUUGAUGGAGUUCCCAUUGUUAAGCUUUGUGAUUUUGAUAGAGCAGUCCCCCUUCGCGCUUUAUUGCACACUUGUUGCAUUGCUCAUACUGGAAUACCUCCUCCUGAUGUUUGUGUUGGAACACCUCGAUGGAUGGCUCCAGAAGUUCUACGAUCGAUGCAUGCACCAAAUGUUUAUGGACUGGAAGUAGAUAUUUGGUCGUUUGGGUGUCUGUUAUUGGAACUCUUGACCUUGCAAGUUCCUUACUUGGGGCUUACAGAGUUGCAGAUCUACGAUCAGCUUCAGAAGGGCAAGCGACCGGAGUUGACAGAUGAGCAAGAGGAGUCAUUGGGGUCAAUAAAGGAAAGUUCAAUGUCUCAAUCCGUUCGAGAAUCAGAUAGUUCAGAGAAAGACCAAGAAACUGCAGCAUUCUUGAUUGACGAUGAGCAAGAGGAGACAUUGGGGUCGAUAAAGGAAAGUUCAAUGCCUCAAUCUGUUCAAGGAUCAGAUAGUUCAGAGAAAGACCAAGAAACUGCAGCAUUCUUGAUCGACUUGUUUUGCCAGUGUACUCAGGAGAAACCGAGCGACCGACCAACAGCUGAAGAACUCCACAAAAUUCUGCUUGAGCACGCAGCCAAAGUUAAAUCUUUACAAAAGCUAGCUUCAUGAAAUCAACACCCUCAUCCACCCCAUAACCAUAUCAGAAUUUUUGAAGCCGCCCUACUGGAUGCUUGUAGGGCCUUUGUCCCAAGAAUGAGUUAGUCUCACAGGUUGAUUUAGGAUACAGUGGCCAAGUAGUCAGGUAAGAUAGAAUAAUUUAAUCGUAAUGUAAUUGAAAUCCACAAAGUUUUUAGGCAGAUUUACCCCAUUCACAGGACAAUGCCCGAUUAGACAGGAGAAUCAAUUGUGAUGCGAUGCAGUUGUGUUGAGAGAAAAUUGAGGCCGUUCUAGAGAAAUUGGGAUCCUCAUUUGAUGCUGUACCUCAUCAUUUGCUUCAAUAUAGUUUUAUAUUAUCAAUUAUUUUACCCA